UCACCGAGGUCUCUCACCGUCUGCUGCCCGGAGUCAUGAGCUUCGAUUCGGCGAGCCCGUCCCGGGACCCCCGGCAGCACUACGAGCUGAGGCAGGAGGCUGCCGAGUUUUACCGAUCCCUAAGGCUGCCGGAGAGGCUGGAACUGGCCCUGAACAGCGCGCUCCGCCGGGCCCCGGGUGAUGUGUACGGCUACCUGGCCGAGGACCUGGCGCGGCUCGCCAAGACGCCGACGAUCUGUGCCAUCGAUGGUCGGAACGUUCUGGACGGAUCAGGAAAUCCCGCUCUGGAAGUUGGCGUUUGCUGCACCGUAAAGAAUGUAGAUAAGAAGAUAUCCGCAGCCGGCAUCUCUGAAGCAGUUCCUGAAAAUGAAAAGCGUAAGUCUGUGGACACAGCCCUGGAGUGGAUAAAACAUGACAUCGGCCCCCUGAUUAAAGGAAUAUCCCCCGACGAGCAGUCCAAGAUCGACCAUCUGCUAAGGGAAUAUUUUAAGCCAAAAAGAAAAGAAGCAGAAUCAGAAAUGCAGGGAAAGGAAGCGGCUCCUUUGGAAACUCCGUCUCCGUCAUCCCCCCGCGUAUCGCCGAAGUCCAGCAAGAAAAGGGCAAGUUCCAAAGGUAGAAAGAUGGCUGCAGGGGAGAUGCCUAUUCCUCCUCCAGACCCCCCUGAGCAGGCAGUAUGUGGUGGUCUCGCCAUCGGAGCGGUAUCUCUGGCCGUAGCUCGCAGCAGCGCAGUUCUCAGAGAAAGCCCUUUGUAUUUGCACGUCGCUGCCCUGAAGAACGAGCAGCUGAUGCCUACAACAUUUACUGUCCCGAUACCCAUGAUAUCCGUGCUGAGCUGCGGGAAAUCGUCUCCCGGCAAACUGAACCUCAUGAAAGAAGUGAUUGUGAUCCCGAAGCCAGGACGCCCGCUGCACGAGAGCCUUGACAUGGUUCUCUCCCUCCAACACCAAGUGGCAAAGCAGCUGAGCGGGACCUCCAAAGCAGGGAAUGUGUCGUCGCUCGGCUGCCUGGUAUUAGGAUGCGACCUCGUAGAUCAACCUCUGGCCAUAAUCCGUGAAGCCUGUGAACAUCUCGCUCUAGAACUGGGGACAGACCUGUAUUUGGCGCUCAAUUGUGCUGCCCAUGAAUUAAUGGACUAUAGCAAAGGCAGAUACGAGGUAGUAAGUGGAACGUUCAAGACUCCCGAUGAGAUGGUCGCCUUGUAUUUGGAUUUAAUAAACAAAUACCCCUCCGUUUGUGCUUUACUCGACCCGCUCAGAAAAGAGGACGCUCCGCAGUGGCAGAAGCUGAGCGACACUCUCGCCUCCCGCUGUCACGUUUUGGCGGAUGUCGGAUCUAAACCGGUCUCCAAGUUCCUGGAAGACGGAAACCUUAAGAUUCCAGCGGUCGGCGGCGUCGUCCUCAAACACGCGGGGGAAACCACGAUUACGGACCUCCUGGACCUCUUCAGGCUCAUUGAAGGCGAUGGACGGAUGGCAGUGUUAGCAUGCGCCGAGCAGGAGAUCGUCGGGGACAGCCUCUCGGAUCUGGCCGUCGGGCUCGGCGCGAGCUUCAUCAUGCUGGGAGGUCUGCUGCGUGGGGAAAGGACCAUGAAAUACAACCGUCUGCUGGCGAUAGAGGAUGAACUGAGGCGGGCGGGCACCCUGGGCACACACAGCGCCAUGCUGUCUUCUCUCAGCUCUGCUCCGCGUGAGGACGAAUGCCCCAGCAGGGGGUAGGAGGACACAAAUUAGCCGGAGCAACGAGAGUCCAGGGCAGCAAUGGAGAAAGAAAGUCCUCAGAACAGAUUUAUCCUCCACGAGUCUUAGAAACAUACCCUAAACAGUCCGUUUCCAUGGUUAUGGGGCUUAUUCACUAAGGUUCCCGACCCCACUCAA